AUUUUCUAAUGCAAGAGACGGAGGCUCGUGGUCGAAGACGAAACCAGUUUCAGCGAGCCCUGAGAGUGUGAAGUCAUCAGCCCAAAGCCAAACUCGGAGGGAAUAUGAAGAUACGGAACGUCAGUGCACGACGGGAAAUGUUGGAACAAGCGAACGGGGUGAGCGUCCACCUUCUGCAAGUUGUGCAACUCGUAUCAGCAGGCCCCAGAAUCGCAAAGGUAAGCAGGAAAACAGAGCACCACAUGAUCAAUUUUCGGAGACGCACUCCGGGCAGUCAGACAGUCGUGGUCGUGGAACGCAUUUCAAUAGAAUAGAAUCCGAAGCGAAAGGUGUUGUGGAUCUGUCGACGAGGGAAGGGCAAAAACGUUGCGGCUUUUCGGAAACUGAGAGUGAUAGUGAAAACGCUUAUUCGGCGCCACUGAA